AUGACUUCCGCAACAGCAGCAGCAGAAAUGUCGACCGAAAUUAGGGCUAGAGACACAAACACAGUCUCAGCUGUGGAUACUGAAGGAGCCUGCUUGUUACUUUCAUUGGAACUUCCAAGCAAAACCUCCUUUCCCGGCAGCACUGCGUACCAGACAGCACUCACCAGCUACUUCUCUGCGCAGGAACAAUCUUUGUUACCAGCAUGCAUGGUAGCACCUACGUCCUCCUUUGAAGUCUCGUUAAUUGUUUUGACUUUGGCGCGAUUCCACGUGCCUUUUGCAAUUCGAGGCGGAGGUCACACGUUGAAUGCUGGGGCUGCAAACAUUGCUUCUGGAGUUACUAUCAACCUCCGGUCUAUGAACCAAGUUACAGUCAACGAUAAAAAGACUGUGGCUUCGAUUGGUGGCGGGGCCAAAUGGGGCGAAGUUUAUCCUGUCCUUGAUGCUCUGAAGAUAGCGACAUCCGGUGGCCGUGUGUCAAGCGUUGGAGUUGGGGGACUUUCGACUGGAGGUGGCAUCUCAUACUUUAGCGGACGGCAAGGGUUGGUCUGCGACAACAUUGUCAACUACGAAGUAGUGCUUGCCAGUGGUGCUAUCGUAAACGUCAAUGAACAUGAAAACUCGGAUCUAUGGCUCGCUUUGAAAGGUGGCUCUAGCAACUUUGGAAUUGUUACUCGCUUCGACAUCAGCACCUUCCCCCAAGAUGUAUUUUACGGAGGCGUUGUAGCAUCUGCUUAUUCAACCCUUGGUUCCCAGCUCGCAGGCUUCGCAAAUCUCCUUGCCAACUUUGAUCCCUAUGCGGCGCUCAUUAUGAGUCUCAGUUGGAGCGCAACACAAGGUUUCUUUUUGUUCAAUAAUGUCGAGUACACGAAAAAUGUUGUGAAUCCACCCAUCCUCCAACCAUUCACACAAGCAAACACUUCAGUCUUGAAUACAAUGCGUAUCUCAAACCUUACCGAUUUUGCAAAUGAAGCAGCCCAGUUUGGCGCGUCAGGAUUACGUAAUCAGUUCGCAACCACCACCUUUGGGGGACCUCUUUCCGUGCUCACCACGGUUGAACAACUCUGGAACGAUAGCAUAGCCACCGUUUCUUCCAUCAGUGGCGUUAACUGGGCCAUGAGCAUCCAACCUUGGCCUCAACCAUUCGAAACGCAAGGCUCGGCCAACUCCCUCGGUCUCUCGGCCAGCAAUGGUCCGCUUGUCCUGUUUCUACUCUCCUAUUCAUGGAGUCUCGAGAGCGACGAUGCAUCCAUUACAGCCGCCGCCCAAAAACUUAUCGCUGAUAUCGAUGCUGCGACCCAAAAAGCGGGACAUUAUAGCCCAUUCAAAUAUCUCAAUUAUGCGGCUUAUUGGCAGAAUCCCAUUGCGAGUUACGGGGCGGCCAGUGUGCAGAAUCUGAAGGCUAUUUCGCACAAGUAUGAUCCGUUUGGUGUAUUUCAGACUGGAGCUCCAGGGGGCUUUAAGGUCUCGAAAACCUAG